AAUUGUGGAGUUUUUAGCUUUGGGUCUGCGGGGACCCAUGCGAGUUCAAUAUGCGUAUGGAGAAGUGUUAUUUCUGUUCGGGGCCAAUCUACCCUGGUCACGGCAUGACGUUCGUCCGCAAUGAUUGCAAGGUGUUCAGAUUUUGUAAAUCCAAAUGUCAUAAAAACUUUAAAAAGAAGUGCAAUCCUCGCAAGGUCAGGUGGAUUAAAGCAUUCCGGAAAGCAGCUGGUAAAGAGCUUACAGUGGAUAAUUCAUUUGAAUUUGAGAAACGUAGAAACGAACCUGUCAAAUACCAGAGAGAGCUAUGGAAUAAAACUAUUGAUGCAAUGAAGAGAGUUGAAGAGAUCAAACAGAAACGCCAAGCUAAAUUUAUAAUGAACAGACUGAAGAAAAAUAAAGAGCUACAGAAAGUCCAGGACAUCAAGGAAGUCAAGCAAAACAUCCAUCUUAUCCGAGCCCCUCUUGCAGGCAAAGGAAAGAAACUGGAAGAGAAAAUGGUACAGCAAUUACAACAGGAUGUGGACAUGGAAGAUGUUGCCUAAAAAUCUUACUGUUUGUGACCAUUUCUAUGUGUACAUUUGAAAAUGUUUUUUGGAGACUAGAGCUUAUAAGUUAUUGAUUUUAUUUUUUAUAUAAGGUCACUCAAAUGAAAGCAGAUUAAAAAUAUAUCCCCUUG